CUGGCCUAUCCUUGGCAACUGGUACCGCGGUAACCUGAGUCUCCUCCUCCGCUUCCUCCCAGUCCGGACACCAGAACGCACACAGCGAGGACAGACCGCCUCAGCACUUUCGCGAGUGUGCGUGCGCGUGUGUGCACGUGGCCGCGUGCGAAUGUGAAUUAUUGAUGAGGACGCAGCCUCAGAAGGUCCUGCCGGGCCGUCCUGUGAGUGUGUGAGGCUGGAAGGGUGUGAGAGUGUUUAUGUCUGUCAGUAGAGAUGGGGGAGAAGAGUGCAGUGCACCAGCAAAAACAGCCUCCUUACGAUGGACUGUGCAACUACGCCCAAAAAAUUACAUCCUGCUUCGGAUUGGAUGUGGCCCAUGCACAGGAAGCUCACCACCAGACGGAGAAACCUUUGAUACGCUGUGCUAAAUGUGGGGAGGUGUGCAAGGGAGAGGUGUUACGUGUGCAGGCCAAACACUUCCAUAUCAAGUGCUUCACAUGCAAAGUAUGUGGCUGCGAUCUGGCUCAGGGAGGAUUCUUCAUGAAGAAUGGAGAAUAUCUUUGCACUCUGGACUACCAGCACAUCCACGGCACCCGCUGUAACAUCUGUGGAGAUUUUGUGGAGGGGGAGGUGGUGACUGCGCUUGGAAAGACUUACCACCCAGCAUGCUUUGUGUGCACAAUCUGCAAGAGACCAUUUCCUGCUGGAGACAGAGUGACGUUCAAUGGCAAGGACUGUCUGUGUCAGUACUGCGCAGAGCCUAUGUCUCCAGGACCCACCAAAGACGUCGUCGGACCCAGCAGUUGUGCAGGCUGUGGCAGAGAUAUUAAGAACGGUCAGGCUCUGUUGGCUCUAGAGAGUCAGUGGCAUUUGGGCUGUUUUAAAUGUAAGGCCUGUGCCAAAGUAUUGACUGGAGAAUACAUCAGCAAAGACGGCGCCCCAUACUGUGAGCGUGAUUAUCAGGUCUUGUUUGGAGUGCAGUGUGAAGCAUGUCAGCAGUUCAUCACUGGGAAAGUCCUGGAGGCAGGGGACAAGCACUACCACCCCAGCUGUGCUCGCUGUAGCAGGUGUAAUCAGAUGUUUACUGAAGGAGAGGAGAUGUACCUGCAAGGAUCAACGGUUUGGCAUCCAAGCUGUAAACAUUCACCCAGAGGCGAGGAGAGACAGCGGCCGACACGCUCGUCGUCCGAAAGUAUAUGUUCCAGACCUGGUUCAAGCAUACCUAGCUCACCGGGUCACACCAUAUAUGCAAAAGUAGACAAUGAGAUCCUUGAUUACAGGGAUUUAGCAGCCAUUCCCAAGGUCAAAGCCAUUUAUGACAUUGAGCGUCCAGAUCUAAUCAACUAUGAGCCACUUUACACCACCUCACUGGAUGAGUCAGAGGAGAGAGAGAGUGUGGGAGAGCUGCAAAGCUCCAGGAGAGAGUGUUCGCCCAUGCCUGAAGACAGAACCCGAUCACCCACACCAACUGCUGAGGGUUACUAUGACAUGAGAGAACGAAUCCUCCACCGGUCGACAAGUCAAGGCUCCAUCGGCUCGCCCAUUUACAGCCGCCACAAUUACACCCCCACCCUGUCUCGCUCACCACAGCACUUCCACAGACCCGAUCAAGGAGUAAACAUGUACAGAAAACCCCCUAUCUACAAACAAUAUGAUUCAGCUGCCUUUGCAGCCCAGAGCAAGUCUGCUGAUGACAUCAUCAAAUCCGCCAAAUUCCCCUCAGCGUACGCCCCUGGUCCAGACUACCCAGCAAAGAUAGAGACAGACUGCUGCUGGUCCUUUCCGAUCUCCCAUGCUGCCCUAGGAACAGAUGGAAGGAGAAGGUCAAGAGAGGAAGACGAGGAGGAGAUCCAGAAACGCAGACAGAUUCAGGAGGAACAUCUCAACAAGAUCCAGUCGGGUUUGGGGAAAAUGAUACUUAAAGAAGAGAUGGAGAAAGAGAUGAUCCGCGAACGUCAUGCACGGAGCCUGUCAGCACAGCGCUACGAACAUGGAAGCAGUCAAAAUUCACCCUCUAAAACAGGCUCACUACCAGGAUAUGGGCGAAAUGGACUGCAUCGGCCUCAGUCGACUGAUUUCACUCAGUAUAACAGUUAUGGAGACGUGUGCGGUGGAAUGAGAGAGUUUCAGCCCAUGCAUGAUGGCCACCGUACAGCCACCAGAAUGGACAGAGGAGUGUCUAUGCCUAAUAUGCUGGAACCGAAAGUAUAUCCAUAUGAAAUGCUUAUGGUAACCAGCCGCAGUCGCUCCAAACUGCCCAGAGAUGUGGACAGAACCAGACUAGAGCGCCACCUGGCUCCAGAGUUGUUCUUUGAAAUCUUUGGGAUGGAAAUUCAGGAAUUCGAUAGGUUACCUCUGUGGAAACGCAACGAACUGAAGAAGAAAGCCAGACUCUUCUAAGCAGGAUCUGCAACAUCUGCACACACUCACAUGAUGUAUCGUACAGCUGUUUACUCAUCUUCUGUUGUUUCUUGCUACAAUUAUAGCCAGAAGAAAGCGCCAUGCUGCAAUAUUAUCAUAUGAUGUCAGUUUAUAAUAAACAGAGGGUCUAAACAUUUCAGCUGUAUCUCCAAAAAUCUCACCACUUUAUUUUUUAGUGUCUCUGUCGCUUUAAUUUUCUCUCUUCCAGAAAUGAGUCUUCCUCCUUUUGUUCUUUGUUCUUCUUGCAUAUCUUUGUAAAUCAUGUUCAUGCAGGUCUGCUUAUCUGAACCUUUGUAAAUUUGCAGUUAUAAUCCAUUUAAUUCACUGUUCCAGUAAAGACUCCUCUGUUUGCGUCUCUUUUGGUUCAGGGAGGGAUUGUAGAUGCUACACUGUGUGGGUGUCUGUGUCUUUGUACCUGUUCAUGUACGUUUGGAAUGCAUUCAGCGAGACGUAAUCCAUACUAGCACAUAUCCAUGUAUUCAGCCUUUGCUACUGUACCAGCCUCCAAUUAACAUCUGUUAAUUAAAGGUCAAGUGUAUCAUUUCUGUGCCAACAGCAGCACUAAAUAAAAUUGAAAAAUCAAUUUUUCAUCGGUCAGACCUACAUGAUUGGUUACUAGCUUUUCCAUUUGAUACCACUAAUGGUUCAGAAGUGACACACUUCACCUUUGUGCUUUCUGAUACUGAGUUAACUGUUGAAUCAAUGCUGAUGUCCCUAGUAUAUUGUAUAUUUAAAUAGAAGAAUACAAUGUUAAGGUUAAAAAAAAUGAACUGCAUUUGACUUUUUUUUUAAGGAGCGGAUACUCACUGCCAGUUGUAUUUAAAUUGUAUUUCUGAGUAAAGGGAAAUGUCUUAAUGUGCAACUUAAAGAAAAAACCAAAGGCAUUACAAGAGAACGAGCUCUAUAAGAGCUACAGUCUACAGCUGUUUUUUUAUUUUUUAUUUCAUCCUCCUUAAUCAAAUCAGAUGUAUUAUUGUGUGGUAUUUCUUCAUGCACACUAGAGUGCACUGGACUUCCUGUGAAGCUUGCACAGUGAAUUAUCAGCUGGACCAAAUCAAUGAAUUCAGAUGAAAACAUUCUCAUUAAACGCCAUGAUUAACUACAGUGACAGGUUUGAAUAAAAUUUGGGGAAAUAGAUUACAUUUA